AUGGCAAAGUAUAAGAAAUGCCGACGGAAACAGAGAACCAGAGCAAAAUUUCUACUUGAAAAAAAAGGAGAUGCUGGUAACCCGCAGGACUCUGGUUGCCCUUCUGCACGGUCAGCAGGUGAUCUUCCUCUGAACACAUCACCUGUCCCAAGCCCUCUGUCCUCACUCUGGUCGUUAGCCUUGCCCGGUGUGAAAAAUGUGGUAAAACCCUUUACAACAACAGCAGCGGUUUUGUAUUGUUGGUGCCAGAGCACGGUUGCACAGAGUUUUAAGGUGGUUAAAGACACCAUAUUUCCAUCACAAAUCUACUUAAGAGAGCUAAAUACGUUCAGAGAGCAGCUGGAAAAGUUGGAAACUGAAUUUUCCAGGCUACAAGGAACCCUCCAGAUGAAUGGAACUGCAGCCUUGUCUUCAGAAAAUUCUGUGUGUCAGAGGUGUAAUAAACCAGUUCUGGGUGCUCCUGUACAGACACAGAUGGGCCCGGCGGCAGCCCUGCCCGGGCCUCCGCAACACCCUCCGCCACCGCCUCCGCUGCCGCCACCAAAACUGCCUCCAGCACCUCUCCUUCUCAAACGGGGCAAUGGCUCUAAAGCACUGCUGGCAACAUCACUGAAAAAUGAUGGGCCGAUGCAGAUCACUCUCAAAGAUCUCCUGAACGUUAAACUGAAGAAGACGGACAGAGGCCUGAGAAUGAACAAGGCAGAAUCACCAGUGAGGACACGCAGGGCAUUAAUUACAGUCUCAGAUUUACAGGGUGUUAGUCUGAGACCUAAAUCCAAGCCAUCAGCUCACGUUUCAAACUCCUUGACUACCCCUCCUAAAAAUCAGUUUGAUCUUCGAAAGCGUCUGAAGAAAGUCAAUAUACAAAGAAGUCCUGGUGGCACUCCACUACACAGUAAAGAAAACACUGAAUGUGGGUCUGGGCUGACACCAAUAAUGACACAGGCACUACGGCGCAAAUUUCAGAUGGCUCGCCCCAGGAGUCCCUCGCCAGCCCCGCUAAGUGCCGCAAGCAGCUUUGAUGAACAGAAGUAG